AUGUCCUCUGAAGACUUACCUGACAGAAUGGAUAUCACUACAACAGAAAAGAAAUAUGUCUACGCCGAAAUGCAGAAAGAGGGGGAUGUGGAGAAUGCUGCGGGACAACUGGAGGAGAUCACCGUCUUCAAACAGGGUCUUCAUCAGCGACAUAUUCAGAUGAUUGCCCUCGCAGGCACGGUUGGAACUGGUCUUUUUCUCAGUUCUGGCCGAGCUAUCGCAGAGGCUGGACCUCUGGGUGCGUUUCUCGGAUACUCCAUCAUUGGUUUAAUGGUGUCGAGUGUUGUCUUUGGAGUCGGUGAAAUGGGUGCCCUCGUGCCUCUCAAUGGUGGUGUCAUUCGUUACGCCGAGAUCUUUUGUGAUCCUGCUCUGGCCUUUGCUAAUGGCUGGAACCAAGUCUACUCUUACAUUGUCUCCAUCCCCGCCGAGCUGGUCGCCGCUGCCGUGAUUGUCGAGUUCUGGAUUACUAUUAGCCCUGCCAUCUGGGUCACCAUCUUUGGCGUGUUGAUGAUUAUCACCGCUCUCCUAUUUGUGCGCGUAUAUGGCGAGCUGGAGUUUGGAUUCUCCAUUCUCAAAAUUAUGCUGAUCAUCGGAAUCAACAUCAUGGCUUUGGUGAUAACAUGUGGAGGGGCGCCCAAUCACAAGGCUAUUGGUUUCGAAUACUGGAAGAGCCCUUAUGGUCCAUUUGUUCAGUAUCUAGGAAUCGGGGGAUCCCUAGGUCGAUUCCUGGGUUUCUGGACAGUAUUCAAUAAUGCUCUCUACGCAUACUCGGGCAUUGAGAACAUUACUGUCGCUGCUGCCGAGACUAUGAACCCCCGACGAGCAAUCCCCAUGGCGGCCCGCCGUAUCUUCAUCCGAAUCAUACUCUUUUACGUCGUCACGAUCUUUAUGGUCGGUCUUGUCGUAUCUUCCACCGAUCCAAGCCUCCUGGAUUCCACCGGCACAGCCUCCGAGUCACCUUUCGUCAUUGCCGCGCGCAGUGCAGGAAUCAAAGUCAUCCCCUCGAUCAUCAAUGCCAUCGUCCUCACCUCCGCCUGGUCCUCGGGUAAUUCCAACAUGCUCGGCGGUUCCCGUAUCCUUUACGGCAUGGCAAAGCAAGGCCACGCGCCUGCAAUCUUCAAGCGCAUCAAUCGAUUUACGAUUCCCUACGUCGCGGUCUCCCUCUACGCCGUCUUCAUGGCCCUGGGAUACAUGACAUUAUCAAGCUCCGCCAGCACGGUGUUCACCUGGCUCCAGGAUCUUGUCUCCAUCUCGACAAUUGUGAACUGGGUUUGCAUUCUCGUCGUUUAUCUGCGAUUCCUCUACGGGUGCAAGAAACAGGGCAUUGAUCGCCACAGGGAACUUCCAUGGGCAGCCCCUUUCCAGCCUUAUACUACCUGGGUCUCUUUGGUCGUUUUCAUUCUUCUUUUCUUCACUGGAGGGUAUACUACUUUCAUGAAGGGGCGCUGGAGUACCGAGACGUUUAUCUCCUGCUACUUCAAUCUGCCCUUCAUCGUGAUUGUCUACUUUUCCUAUAAGUUCUGGAUGAAGACUAAGAUCAUCCCGCUGGCGGAGAUUCCUAUUAGGCCGUUUAUUGAGCAGUACCAGAAUAACCCGGAGCCUGAACCGGAACCGAAACGGGGACUUCAAAGACUCAAUAUUUUAUGGUCAUGA